CUCAUCCAUCAUUGUCCUCAUUGAUUAAAGUUCCAUUUGUGGAUUCUUCGCACUGGAAAGGAGGAGGAGGAAAAUGGGGUUUCAAUCUGCUAAGAUUAGGGUUCCAUUUGUGGGUCAUUCGAUUUGUGGAUUUAUGGGCUACUCGAUUUGGGGAUUUGUGGGUUUCCCGGCGAUUCUUGCUGGUUUGCCUUAUUUGCAGAGAAUCUGCAGCAGACCAUCUUCUCCAACCAUUCCAAGGCCUCUUCAUCACUACUUUCAACAAUUGGACAUUGAGACAAGGCAGAAGAAGACCCAAUGUUAUGCUGAUAUUGAGAGUGUCCAGGUCUGGGAGAUUGCUAGGAUGAAAGCUUCGAACAACUUUGCACUCAUUAUGAAAGUGACUAAUACCAGAAAUGGAUUGGAGAAUCUUGCCUCAGUUCUCUGGUCUGUGAUGCUUUGGUUAAUCCUCUAUUUAGGUCCCUCUAAGUUUGUGAAACUUGGUAGUGAUUUAGAGUCUUAG